GGUUCGGUCGUGUGCGCUGCUAUGGCUUCUGGCGGCUGGCGCUGGGCUCGGAAGGCGCUUGCUGCGGGGCGGCCGUUGUUCCAGGGCCGCGCGCUGCUCGUCACCAACACGCUGGGCUGUGGCACGCUUAUGGCCGCGGGCGACGGCGCGCGACAGGCCUGGGAGGUGCGCGCGCGACCGGGACAGAGAUUCAGUGCGCGGCGCUCAGCCAGCAUGUUUGCGGUGGGUUGCAGCAUGGGCCCCUUCCUGCACUUCUGGUACCUGUGGUUGGACCGCCUCCUCCCUGCCUCGGGCCUACGAAGCCUUCCGAGCGUGAUGAAGAAGGUUCUGGUAGAUCAGGUGGUGGCAUCUCCCAUCCUGGGCAUCUGGUACUUCCUGGGCCUUGGCAGCUUGGAAGGCCAGACGCUGGAGGAGAGCUGCCAGGAGCUGCGUGCCAAAUUCUGGGACUUCUACAAGGCUGACUGGUGUGUCUGGCCAGCCGCUCAGCUGGUGAACUUCCUCUUCAUCCCAUCGCAUUUCCGAGUCACCUAUAUCAACGGGCUGACGCUGGGCUGGGAUACUUAUCUGUCCUACCUGAAGUACUGGGCCCCUGAACCCCUUCCCACUCCGGGCUGCGUGGACUGAGCUUGAAGUGCCAUGGACACACUCCCAUAGGAGGUUCCAGAGCAGGUCAGACCUCGGCCACAUCCAAAACCCAGGCUGACUGAGUCUGGACCAGCUAUCCAGUCCCUAUGGAGGCAGUUCCCCCAUGUGAAUUAGCCUCCAGCACUAGCUGUCAGUCGCCAGGUUUUUCAUUCAGGCCAAGAAGUCCUGUCAGCCUGCGAUUUCCACUCUGGCCCAGUCACCCUGAGGUUCCCUGGAUUCCAGGUGACAAAGGCAAGGACAUGCUGCAUGGCCUUGGAAUGGAUCUGGUUUGGCCUCAAAAAGCUUCAUGUGAAAUUGGGCAGCCAUGUAGAAAUUUCAUUAAAUUUUCUUUAAUCAGAA